AUGUCAGGCAAUCCCCGUGCUUCCAGCGAUGUGGAAGGGCAACAGUCACGUACCUCAAGACGCAUGUCUCGUGCUGAGAGGAGAAUGUCCCGAGCCAUCAGCAUUGCGAACGAUCCGAGUCUUGACGAAUAUGAAAGGUUGGUUAAGUAUGUCUCAGUUUAUAGAGAGCCAGGGACAGCAGAGGUUGAGACGGAGGAAGGGGAGAUGAAACGUGUGUGGUAUGCACCGUGGCGGAGAGAAUUUGUGCCUGCAACAGGGGCAGCAGAAGGGAAGCAACUAUUUCCAGAGGAGUGGCUCCUCACUGAUAUCAAACAAGGCCUAUCUGAGGCCGAAGUGAUCAACCGUCGGCGUCGUGCUGGAUGGAAUGAACUGAUUUCGCAAAAGGAAAACCCAAUAGCGAAAUUCAUGUCAUACUUCCAAGGUCCAAUCUUGUACGUCAUGGAACUUGCUGUACUUCUCGCUGCCGGUCUCAAAGACUGGGUUGAUUUUGGAGUGAUCAUCGGAAUCCUAUUCCUCAACGCCACGGUUGGAUGGUAUCAGGAAAAGCAAGCCGCGGACGUCGUAGCAAGCCUAAAAGGUGAUAUUGCAUUGAGAUGUAAGGUAGUUCGUGAUGGACGCGAAUGCGAGGUACUAGCUCGGGAGCUGGUACCAGGAGACGUGGUUAUUGUCCAAGAGGGAACCGUUGUUCCAGCUGACUGCAAAGUAAUUUGCGAUUAUGACGACCCGAAUGGGUUCGAGGAAUUCAAAAGGAUGGAAGCAGAAGGCGCUCUUGAAGAUUCUUCAGGCGAGGAAGACAAAGAUAAACAAGGAGGACAGGAGCGAGAGGAAGACGAGAAACAGCCUGAUGGGAACCAGAAUAAGGACAAGGAAGGAAAAAGGAAAGGAAGUGCAGGUGCCCAAUCAAACGACGACGAAGAAGAAAAACCAAGUCGGAAAGGCUAUCCGAUUCUUGCUUGUGAUCACUCGGCUAUUACUGGUGAAUCUCAUGCCGUUGAUCGACAUAUGGGAGAGCCUGUUUACUACACGACAAACUGCAAACGCGGAAAAGCGUAUACCGUUGUUCAGACAUCAGCAAAAACUUCUUUCGUUGGGCGAACUGCAAGCAUGGUUGCAGGGGCGACCGACAAAGGUCAUUUUGAAAUCGUAAUGGAUACAAUCGGCACUUCAUUGUUGAUCUUGGUGAUGGCAUGGAUUCUGGCGGCAUGGAUCGGCGGUUUCUGGAGGCAUAUUCCUAUUGCGAGCCCCGGUAAACAGACAUUGCUGGAAUAUACUCUGGUGCUCUUGAUUAUUGGGGUUCCCGUCGGUUUACCUGUUGUCACCACCACGACUAUGGCUGUUGGUGCGGCCUAUCUAGCACGCAGAAAGGCAAUUGUUCAGAAACUUACCGCUAUCGAGUCACUUGCAGGCGUUGAUAUCUUGUGUUCCGAUAAAACGGGAACUUUAACUGCAAACAAAUUGAGUAUUAGGAAUCCCUAUGUAGCGGAAGGGGUCGAUGUCAAUUGGAUGAUGGCAGUGGCUGUUCUUGCAUCCUCCCACAACAUACAAUCUUUGGAUCCCAUUGACAAAGUCACACUAAUGACUCUCAAACAAUAUCCAAAGGCAAAGGAAAUAUUGCGGGCCGGCUGGAAAACAGAGAAGUUCACGCCGUUUGACCCUGUAUCAAAACGAAUCGUCACAGUUUGCACAUGUGAUGGCGUCCGAUAUAUCUGUACUAAGGGAGCUCCAAAAGCAGUUUUAGGAUUGGCGAAGUGUUCCCAAAGAACUGCAGAUCUCUACAGAAAGAAAGCACAGGAAUUCGCACAUCGUGGCUUUCGGUCUCUUGGAGUGGCAGUCCAGAAAGAAGGAGGAGACUGGCAAUUACUCGGAAUGAUGCCAAUGUUUGAUCCGCCACGUGAGGAUACUGCGCAGACAAUCUCUGAAGCCCAAGCUCUUGGAAUUAGUGUCAAAAUGCUCACCGGCGAUGCCAUUGCUAUCGCAAAGGAGACAUGCAAGAUGCUUGCAUUGGGUACUAAGGUUUACAAUUCAGAACGCCUCAUUCACGGCGGUCUGAGCGGUGCAAUGGCUCAUGAUUUGGUCGAAAAAGCCGACGGGUUCGCAGAAGUGUUUCCUGAACAUAAAUACCAAGUUGUUCAAAUGCUUCAGGAACGAGGACAUCUAACUGCAAUGACCGGCGAUGGAGUUAAUGAUGCACCGUCCUUGAAAAAAGCAGACUGCGGUAUAGCCGUGGAAGGAGCAUCAGAAGCAGCACAGUCGGCAUCAGAUAUCGUGUUUUUGGCUCCGGGCUUAUCUACCAUAAUUGAAUCGAUCAAAGUGGCCCGUCAAAUCUUUCAUCGUAUGAAAGCUUAUAUUCAAUACCGAAUUGCUCUGUGUUUACAUUUGGAAAUUUACCUGGUUACCACUAUGAUUAUUCUCAACGAGACGAUUCGAGUCGAACUGAUUGUUUUUCUAGCACUGUUUGCUGAUUUGGCGACAGUGGCAGUAGCCUAUGACAAUGCUUCGUUUGAAUUGAGACCUGUGGAAUGGCAGCUACCAAAGAUCUGGUUCAUAUCUGUUAUAUUAGGGAUUUUGUUGGCUUUGGGAACUUGGGUCAUUCGAGGCACGAUGUUCCUCCCUAACGGCGGUAUUAUCCAAAAUUGGGGUUCGAUUCAAGAAGUUCUCUUCCUCGAAGUUGCACUCACCGAGAAUUGGUUGAUAUUUGUCACAAGAGGAGCAGACACCUUGCCCUCGAUUCCGUUGGUAGCUGCAAUUGUGGGAGUCGACAUUCUAGCCACAAUCUUUUGCCUCUUUGGAUGGUUCACCAACGAAAAUAUGCCGAUCCGUCCAGCUGACCAGUUCCAUGAGACACACAAUGGAUGGACAGAUAUAGUUACCGUAGUGCGGAUAUGGGGUUACUCACUCGGCGUGACUAUUGUCAUUGCUUUGGUUUAUUUCACGCUCAAUAAACUCGAAUGGUUGGACAAUCUCGGACGCAAGUCGAGGAGUAAGGGCGAUAUCCAAAUGGAGAACAUCCUGGCAAAUCUAUCGCGAGUCACGAUAGAGCAUGAACAACACGGUAAACUAGAGGGCCGGUAUUCCUUAAGUACAGCUCGUGAAGAGGAGGAGGCGGAAUAGAGCAGUGUGAGUCGUGUCACUGCAUCAAUCCCAAAUUCUCUGCCCACGUGAUUGGGUGUUGUCAUAUCAUCUUUGCACCAACAAUCUACUCCCAUAUCGUGCGGUUCUCCAGGACGCUCGGUGUCGUAUUUGAUUUAACGCCAUCCAAGUGAAGCGGUCAAAUACCAGCGGUUGCUGAAAAGUUUCGAUGUUUGCUUCUUUCUGUGAUACUGUAAUCUUUUCUGCUUGACUCAUGUUACCAGUUCCUAGUUGGAUUAUACCUAGGUAUUCUAAUAUUAAUACUUUCCCUCGAU